GGCCGCUCAGGGUGAACGUCGAAGUUCUGCUGCUGAGUCUCUCAUCACCUGACGAGUCUAGUCUCAAAUACGAAGUGGAGUUCCUUUUGCGGCAAGUCUGGAUCGACCCGCGGAUGAAGCACGACGACAACGGCCGCCAUUCCUACCUCAGCGGCAUGCAUCAUGUUCAUGAAAUUUGGCUGCCAGACCCUUUCUUCAUCAAACAUGGCGACUUCAAGGAGCCUCUCUCGCCUGAUCACAUCGCUCUCAAGAUCUUCAGCAACGGCACAGUGGAUUACACGAGACGGCGUCACCUCAUCUUGUCGUGUAUCGGCAACCUCAACAUCUUCCCCUUCGAUGACCCCGCUUGCACCUUCUCCAUAGAGAGCAAAUCGUACGAAGAACACGAGCUGGUGUUCGAGUGGAGGAAAACUUUGGGAAGCAACUACGGCAAGCAUUUGGAGAAGAAGAAGAAACUGAGCUCCUUGAACGCCUACAUCAUUUCCAAUGAGACGCGGGUGUGCGAGACCACUUUCACGUGGAGAGAAAAACACAGUUGCCUCCAAGUUAAUCUGAACUUCACUCGGGAUGAUUCGUUCUACUUCAGCACCGUAUUUUCCCCGGGCAUCAUACUAGUGACGAGCUCUUUCAUCACAUUUUGGCUUGAAUGGAAUGCUGUUCCUGCCCGUGUGAUGAUAGGAGUGACGACAAUGCUCAACUUUUUCACAACAUCUAACAGCUUUCGAUCUACUCUGCCUGUUGUGUCCAAUCUGAGCGCCAUGAAUGUGUGGGACAGCGUAUGCAUGUUCUUCAUUUACGUCUCACUUCUGGAGUCCGUUGUCGUCAACAAUGUGGGCCGAAAAAGGCCUAAACACAACAUGGUUUACAUGCCAGGAGAUCACGCCGUUAUUCAGUGCAUCCCUCAAGCCAUACACCGGAUCGGUCUGAGCUUGACUGUACGCAACAGAGGCACUAACGGCCAUACUCCGGGGUCUGCGGCCGACACUCACGAGAUGGUGACACCAGCGUGCGGGAAUUGUGACAGCGCACAAACCUCAACCGCAAACACCAACAACUGCAAUGCUCCAACUACUGAGGAGCCCGAGACUUGCGAACCAAAGGAUGUUAGUCAAGUAGAGUACACUUUUCAGCAACCUCCACGCAAGAACAACCCCCCUCACCCUAUCCGCGUGGCCAAGUCCAUCGACGUGAUCUCGCGCGUGGUCUUCCCCGUAGGCUACGCCGUCUUUCUGCUCUCGUUUUUUGGAUAUCGCACUAAACCCGUUGUUUAGUGGAAGCGCCACCACCUGCUAGUGGAAACCAAGCUUCUGUUAUAGCGACGGUGGUGGUGAUGGUGGAAGCUCCCUCAUCGAUGACGCUACCUAAGGAUAAAAUGUGCUCUGAGCAGAACAAAUUGUUGAUAUCUUAUAAACAUGCUCAUUAUCUGAACCUGUUUUCUGAUCACAAGUGCAGUGUUGACUCCAAUAUAUGGUGAUAAUGAGUUUCUUGUUUCGAAUCAACGAAACUCGCUCAACGAAAUCGCCUAUCUUAUUCAGAUAUAAAUUAAUCUUUCCUUUUAUCCAUGAUUAAUCGAAGCACGUAAUACGUAGCAUGCCCAGUUGACAUUUUUUAAAGAUCCAUAACAAAAGUUUUAUGUGGUUUCGGUUGUAUCCACACGUGACGCACCCUAUUCCUUGUAGAGUUUGAACUGCAUAUUGUCUCCGCAACUUAUUCGUCUCGGUAUUGAUCGCAUAUUAAUGUUUUUAUGUAAGAAAUUCUAAACUAAAACAAGCAAGAACUCAACCGAAGCAAAGCCUAUACUAAUAUUUAUUUUAAGCGUACCAACGUGCAUCUUUUUGGGCGACAAUCUAAAUCUACUAUGCAUUUUUCUUCCCAUUUGCUUAUGCUGUCCAGGGUUAAACUUGGAGUCCUGAAUGCUAGUGUUUAUUGCUGUAUCCAACUGAAGAUGGAAGUUAUUAUACAUUAAGAUUCUAAGUGCAGCAGUAAUGAGGUUGUGAUUUAUGUAGCUUGUGACCAGAAGUUGAGGUAAUUUUCAAUCAUUAUUACGUCACGAUCUCACUUUUUUUCAAAGUAAGAUUUCUAAAGUCGGAUUGAAUGUCUUGGUUCAGACAUUUUUUGUGAUAGAAGCUGAAAUGUUAGUUUGAAUUGAUAAGAUUUUCAUAAUUUUUGAGAAUCCUGCCGUAGAAAAAUUAAUAGAAGCUGGUCUCGGCUGAUAUUGGGAUUAAGAUUAACUUAAAUAUACGUGUUUUUGCACCAACGUGGAAGGCGGCACUAUGGAGUCGAAGCUGUGUGGAGUUCCCAAGUUUUGGACCACAAAUGAUGGCGUAAGACGCGUCAAUCUCAUGUUCUUGUUGCCUUUAUACUGCACUUGUUCUCUAUAAGAUUAGAUGAAGUUAAGGCAGUCAUGCGAGUCGCUGUUUUAGGAAAUCCGUCGUUAGAUUGCGCUAGCCAUUCAUUUCUUUCCGGUAGGAAAGGUUGCGCUAAGCGCAAUUUAUUUCAACAUUUUGGUGUCGUUUCUUCGCUCAAGUUUCCAUUGCUUACUAAAGUUUCGAAAUAAUUAGGCAUUUUAGAGCUCAAACCUUGUGCUUGAUACCUUUUUCGUUUCUUUUCGUUAUUGCUCCAAAUUUAUUGGCACGUGGCUAGGUUUCUCAGUGAUCUUUUUUUUUAGAUAGCAUGGUCAGGUUUAAUUAAUUUAGUUCGCUUUCAACACGGUAUCCAUUCGCAUUUGUUAACUUUAGAUUUUGUGCUUGAAAUGAUCGAUGCGAGCGAUGUUUUCAUUCCAUAUCUAGUCAAAAUAUACAUCAAUUAAAAGGGUUAAAGCGAAUUCUUUGUGAUUUUAUAGAAAGUCAUCUAGUCCUCAGAAUUUUUUAAAACGCUUCUAAACAGUACAAAUGUUAUCGUUUACUCGGAUUCUAUUAACGUUAUUUGUUUUUAAGCUUUAUUGUCCCGAUCAUAUAAUUAACUCAUCAUAAUGUACUUGUCUAUCGUGGCCUUAACAUAGAAUUGAAUGUGAAAAUUUUCAAUCAUCAAAAAUUUGAUUCAAUUUCGAUUCACAGGUCGAUGUCCUCAAAAAAUCCAAUUGCGAAAAAAAUCCAAAAAAUCCAAUCUCAGAUCGAUCGCUUCAAGUUGUAUUUCCACUUGAGAUCACCCAACUAGACUGCUUAUCUGGAGCAGAAAUGCUUGGCACCAAUUUUAUAAUCCUCAUGGAUUGCUGCUAUAUUGAUCACUAUGAUCAACGACAUAAAAUCUUCCGUUGCGCAAGCUUUUUAAGUUUCCGUUUCUAUUCAAAACCUCAAAGAAGUUGGAUUAUAAGGCGUUAUUCGGCUACGCAGGGUUUUAGGCAGUUGUUCGGUAAUAACUUUAAAACUAUUUAUUUGAUAACGUUAUACAGCAGAGCCGCUACGAAGCUUUUAGAAAAUUUUAAGUAAGUUCCGACCAUUAUUGCUAAUUUAAUCUUGAAAUGAGCAAAAUUAAAACUUUCGGUUCGGAUGAUCUAGUGUAAAUUUUAACAUCGAGGGCGAAAUUUUAUGAAACAAUUCGUUCACAUGUCUCCCAAUAAACACGAUUAGUGAUACAUUCGAAUGAUUAAUUUUAAUUAAAUUGCUAUUAAUCUGUUAAUUAUGAUGUCAUUUAUGUUGUGUGAUUGUUAGUUUAGUUAAUAGUCUCGUACAAUGAUUUGGCGCAAUUAGAAGCGUCUACGUAUACGUUUAAUUUUACCAAGAAUUUCUGUGAUCUUUUCAUUCCACGAGGCGGACCAAUGGCCAGGAAAUAUUCAACAAAGAACCAAGGACAUGGCAGAGUUGUUAGAUUGUUAGUGCGAAGAUUCGUGUAGUUCAACAAUUGAAUAUUUAAGAGACUGCAAGUGUGAUGAAUUUAUUGUUGCGUCCAAACAAUAAUCUGAACCUCUAAUCGAAGCAGUUUAUUUAUAGCCGUUUUACUGAACAUAGCUUUUGCACUUUGAUUAACGCCGUAGAUAUGCCGCGUAGAAGUAUGAUGGUAUUUUUAUGGGCAAUAAAAACUUAACUUGUUAAAUCUAAUCAUCGCGGAGCUACUGUUUCCCAAGCUUUCGUCGUAUCCCGGCGUUGACGCCUUAUGUGAAUACGUCUGUAUUGUUGUACUCUUAUUGUAUAUUAAUCAUGUAUUCCUAUUAUACUACUAAACAAAAGACAUUAAACCAGCAUUGUUAGUUAUCUGCUUCUGCUAUAGUAUCGGAGAAUAGUUUUGAUUUCAAUCACGUUAAAAUCACGAUCUGUAGUAAAAUUAGUUUAAUAUUGUUAAAGAUACAACCAACCAUGAUUUUAUCCCAAUUGGCAUCUUCCGCAAGUUUCUUUCUAGCUCGCGAUAGUGAGCAUAUCUUCAUCUUCAUUCACUCAUGAAAAUUGUCGCCAAAUUAACGUGCGACCUUGUGUGAUUGUCAUCACUGAAAGCCACCUUUCAAUUUUUGAGAGCUCCUACUAUUUGAAUCACUUUAUCUUAAGGGAUUUAGUUCGGGAAAAUCUCAGCCUGUUCGAUGACAUUUUUGAGCGGUUGACUCUGAGUUGAUUCGUCCACAGGCCCAAUUGAAGCGUUAUUCACGUGUGACGUGAACCGCACGCACUGUCGAAAUAUUUGCUUGUAUUUUCUUUUCUAAUGGACAAGUUGCGAGUAUAGACUUUUUCAAAAUGAGUUUAUAUCAAGAGCUGAGUAGAAAUAUGAUUCAAAAGAAACACAUGAAAAGUAUCGGACGAAAAAUGCUGGAAAACAAUUUUACCAAAAUACUUGAUGUCCAGUCUACCUUUUUCCAAUUGAUAGUAUUGUGUAGCAAAUAAAGGUUUGGCUUCAUUGUAUCAGUAUUUUUACCAGUAUAACUCGACUACUGGCAGGGUGGCCGAGGGGUUAAAGUUCUUAACACCAAAUUUGGAGCGGUGUGUUGUGGGUUCGAUACCAGCAGCAACUGUGAAAAUUCUGUGAUUAUCAAAAUCAGCGACAGGCCAGAUGGCCUUACCGUCUACGCUGACACUUCGCUUACUAUAUGUUAUUAUUAUAAUUUAUAAUGAAACCAGUUUUCGCCGUUUCAUGUAAAUUUGCUAUGUGACUUUUACGGUUUGAAAUUUCAUGGUAUCCAUGCAUUCACUGAAAAAAAGAAAUGGUUUUCCUCUGAAUUUACGCCGCAUGAUUAUAACUGAUCCCCUAAUAAUUGAUAAAUUCAGGGCAGAAGUGUUAGAACUAACACUGUUUAUAAGGUCUUGAUUGUGUUUUAAGAGAUGACAUUGACAAUAUUUUAUUUGGGGGUGUUUCAGGACACUUAAUAUGGCGGAACAAGCCUUGAACGACUCGAUCAGAAUUAACAAGUUUUUUCCACGAAGAACCGUUUUACUGGAACAUCUACGAGCACUGGGUAUAAUUUUCAAUUUGUUCAUUGCUUUUUCUUUAAUUCUUAAUAUUUGAUGUUACAUCAAAAAGUCAGAGAAUCAUCCCAUAGCAUGACAUCACAGGUUGUAUUUUUUAUCAUGUUACUAAUGCAGACGAUGAUUAGAGGUAUGAAUAUUAUGAGAAAAUUUCGAUUUUUUCAACAAAUAUGAACUGUAAUUUGCUGAAAGAAUUUCCUUCAUACUUAGACUCUCGACUGUACACUCGAAAUCUGACGAGACUGUGUUUCGUCAGACUGUGUCAGAUUUCGUCAAUACUCGUUUGAAAACAUUAAUUCCAGUGUUUAUGAAAUGAAUCAAAUUGUGAAGUUUAAUUCGAGUACUCUCAUCGGCUGACUCUCGCGAUAUGUUAAGCCACAAUGAUGUACGUUUAAUUAUUUCUCAGAGGAGCUAUCCGGGAAUUAUCCUAUGUAAAAAUUGUUGCUGUGGCUGCAUAUUAUGCUUAUUUUUAAUUGCUUAUUGUUCAUAGGUAAUUCAGACAGUUUGUCAUUGUUUAUCACUACUUUGUUGAAUUUAUGCUGUAAAUAUUAAACGUAGUAUUCAUUUGGACAUUUGCUAUUCAAAUAUUGCCGCAGCACAUCCAGCUACUGCAUUCGCAUUGGCUACUGGCCGAUGUAUGACAAUAUAGCAGCACUGUUGCAACGAAGUCUUGUAGCAAUUUAGUCAAGCAAUGGAGGGAAUUUUCAUCCAAUAUCUUCAUUGCUCUUACUUUAAAUUAUAAUUUAUCUGUACCAUGAGAAGUUGAGGGGCUGAGUGGCCUUCAAUUCUCGUACUUAUAUUUUAAAAUUUAAAUCAAUAACCUUCGAUAUAUUGCAUUCACAUAACUGUUUGUACGAAAUUAUUGAGCUCUGAUUUGACUAAUUUGUUCUUUAAUUUGGCUAGUCUUGUUCAAGGAAUGACUGUAGAGUAGAUGCACGCUUACUUAUCGUGAUUUUAAGCACCGCACAAUCGUAUUCACAAUUAGGCUAACGUAGCGUUACUAAAUAGUUAUAUGCUGAUCGCUUAAGCAGCCAUUUCUCAGACCAGAAUAAAGAUGCCAGUUGUUUUGCAUGUCUCUGUUGGUUCUUGAAAAAUAAUCUCUUCCAUUUCGUGUUGGAAGGAGAUCCAAUCAUCUUCCGAAACUUAGCAUGUGAUGUACGCCCGACAAUUCGAUCUUUCACUGGUGGUACACAUUUCAGACCAAUGAAGAUGAGAAUUGAUCGAGACUAAUUCAUAAAUGUUAAAAUUUCUCGGAAUAUUCUCGAUAUUUCCUAAUCUCAUUACAAACCUACAACGAUCAGUACUCUGAAGAGUUGAAUUUUGAGAAUGUACGUCGAUAAUAGUUCUUGUACACACAAACUUUAAAUUUCGUCUUGACUCUCAUAUGGUUGGUUACUGGUAGGGACGUGUUACCGUGAUUAUGUACAUAGUGUUAAGUAUUACCGAAGAAUUAUAUUUUACUCGUCAUUUAGAGUUUAUCACAAUAUAUUCAGAAUAGGAAAGAGAUCUUUCUAUGCGUUUGAGAAUAGUGCACAAGCCAAUUUAUCUCGUAGCGUACUUGCGCAAGCCGAACGAUUGUGGGCGAGAUCGUUUCCCCAGUGCUUUAUAAUGCUACUCGCAAGUCUCUGCAGACAAUUGUUGUUUGUUUCUAAAAAAAUUCGUAAGAUGUUGAGAGUAUUACCCUCUAUUAAUGUUAAAUUUAUGAAUUGUUAAUAAUUGCAAGGGUAUUAGGUGUUAGGUUGGUACCUUUUUUUAUCGUUCGGCGUUGAAACUAAAUAACAUUAAUUCCUUGCUGCCACAUUUUAUUCUAUUGCUUCCGUAUUACCUAUCUUGACUGGCUCAACAGGCUAUGUCAACAUUCAUACAUUUCAUUUCUAAGUAACUAUAGUUCUUUAUCAUUUCUUGAUGACGAAGCAGGUUGCCAUCAAUUUUGUUCUCGAAUGUUGCUAAGAUAUAGCAGACUCAUUUUUUCCCGAUUUUUCAAGCUUCUUAGCCUAAUUAUAUCGCUCAUGCACCAUCACCGUACUGUACCUCAUUUUUCCGAUUGUCAUCUUCAUCAUUAUUGUCCAGAUGCGGAAUGGUUUAUAACGUCAAUCGUGAACGAGGAACGAGAUUUCCUAAUGAGCAAGAUAUUUUGGCACUAAUCGCGUGCUCAUGGAAUUGAUUUAUUCUAAAAUUCGCGAGUCCUUCCUGUCGUUGAUCACCGUAAAUAAAAAUGAUUUUCCCAAUGGAUUAAAUCUUGUUCGUUCUUUGAAGACAUUUAGUCAUUCGUAUCAUUGUUCAUGGUUGUUGGAACUGCAAGAGCUAAUAAAGAUACAAGUUUGUUCAAUAUUGUGAAGAGUUCAACAUUUCAGUUAAGAUUAAUAAGGCCACUGUUACAGAUCAAUCGUGGAGUAUUAUCCGUAUUGACAGCUGUUCUUCAGUAUUCCCAACACCUUGUCAAUUUCUUGAAUUAGUAGAAACUGUACUUGGAUAUAAUGAAUGAUGUAUAUACUUUUCCAUUAAACCCCUAUUAU